AUGUCUACCAGAUAUGUAUGUGGAAGAAUUCAUAGACUGCAAGAAAAGUUUGAUCCAUUAACGAUUGAAAGUAAAAAGGCAGCAACAGUGGUGUUAAUGCUUAAUUCUACAGAAGAAGAAAUUUUGGCUAAAGCAUGUGAAGCCAUUUAUAAAUUUGCCUUAAAAGGUGAGGAAAAUAAAGCAACUCUUCUUGAACUUGGAGCUAUGGAACCUUUAACUAAAUUGCUUAAACAUGAAGAUAAAAUUGUAAGAAGAAAUGCCACCAUGAUAUUUGGAAUUCUGGCUUCUAAUAAUGAUGUUAAAAAGGUGUUAAGGGAAUUAGAUAUCCUGAGUUCAAUUAUUGCUCAGCUGGCACCAGAAGAAGAAGUAGUGAUCCAUGAGUUUGCCAGCCUUUGCCUUGCAAACAUGUCUGUGGAAUACACCAGUAAAGUGCAAAUAUUUGAGUAUGGUGGAAUGGAACCACUUGUCAGACUUCUUGGGAGCCCAGAUCCUGAUGUAAAGAAGAACUCUAUUGAAUGUCUUUACAACCUGGUACAGGACUAUCAUUGUCGUAUGGCAAUUCAGGACCUAAGUGCAAUCCCUCCUAUAUUGGAGCUCUUGAAGUCUGAAUUUCCAAUUAUUCAAUUGCUGGCUCUCAAGACCUUAGAAGUUGUUACCAGUGAUAGAGAAAGCAGACUGCUUUUCAGAGACGCCCAAGGACCGGAACAAAUGCUUAAAAUUCUGGAAACUAAGGAAUUUAAUGAUCUCCAUGCAGAAGCUCUCAAUGUGAUAGCCAAUUGUCUCGAAGAUGUAGAUACCAUGGUGCAAAUUCAGCAGGCGGGAGGUCUCAAGAAACUCCUCACAUUUGCAGAAAAUGCUGUAUUUCCCGAAAUCCAGAAGAAUGCAACUAGGGCCAUUUCUAGAGCCGCUUAUGAUCCUGAAAACAGAAAAGUUCUUCAUGAUCAAGGGGUGGAGAAAUGUCUCAUAACCCUUUUGGGAGCUGAAAAUGAUGGAACAAAAGUCGCUGCUGCCAAGGUGAUUUCGGCAAUGUCUGAGAAUAUAGGCAGCAAAGAAUAUUUCAAUACUGAAGGGAUUCCACAGAUAGUUCAGUUGCUGAAAAAUGAAAAUGAUGAUGUAAAAGAAGCAGCCUCUCAAGCUUUGGCUAAUCUGACAACAGCAAAUGCAGUCAAUGCAAACGCUGCUGCUGAAGCUGACGCAAUUGAGCCCUUAAUAAACAUGUUAGGCAGUAGCAGAGACGACAACGUUGCCAAUGCUGCCACAGUGCUGACAAAUAUGGCAACCCAGGAGAACCUGCGCCAGAUGAUCCAGAACCAGAACUUCAUGCGUGCCAUCAUCAUGCCCCUGAACAAUUCCAACCCCAUGGUCCAGAGUAAAGCAGCUCUCACCGUGGCUGCCAUCGCAUGUGAUACGGAUGCAAGGAAUGAGUUAAGAAUUGCAAAUGGACUUGAACGACUUGUGGAAUUGCUACACUCAAAUAAUGAGGAAGUCAGAAGAAAUGCUAGUUGGGCUGUUAUGGUUUGUGCAACUGAUGAGCCCAUAGCUGUUGAAUUAUGCAAAUUAGGGGCUUUAGACAUCCUUCAAGAAAUUAAUAAAUCACUAAAAAGAAAAAAUAAUUUUAGUGAGGCAGCUUAUAACAGAUUGCUUCAUAACAAUCUUUCCCUGAAGUACUGCAUGAAUGGCUAUUUGUCAUCUAAUGAUCUAAUUACUGAUGUAUUCUAUGAUGCUGGUCGGCUAAACCCUGGCACAAAACUUCUAUCUCUGAAAGAAUUUGCCUUACAAGAGCCAAGUGACCGCCGUGCAAUCAUCCUAAUUAAUUGUAAAGCUGCCAUUCCUUCUCCACAUCAUUCUACUCCAGGAGAUAAGUUGUCUGCUUCUGGACGAUCUUCUACAGGCAGAAAAGGGACUAAACUCAGUUUAGUAGCAGGAUCUCCUACAGAAGAAAAACCAGAAUCUACUGGUCCAGCUUCUAUCACCAGCAAAAGUUUCAUUAAAGAGAAAGGAUCAAGAAAGGGAAAGGGAAGAAAAGAAGAAGAAAAAAAAGAGGAAGAGGAAAUACUACCUACCAAAAUGACUGAUUCGGUUGCCGAAAAAGAAUGGUGCCCACCGAUCGACCAAGACUUUUUGAACUAUAUCUCUGAGGUAUCCAAAACAGUCCUGCCUAUAGCUGACCUGAUGGAGCAAAUUGAGGCACUCGCAAAGUUUGUGUCCGCAAAGAUGGGCGGUCCAGUUUCACAAGAGCAGAUGCAUGAAUUCACGUGGGAACAUCAUAUAAGUGAAGUACAAUUUAAACUAAAAUCCAAUGUUGUACCUAUUGGAUGUAUCAAAAAAGGAACCUUCUUUCACCGAGCUCUGCUUUUCAAGGCUUUAUCUGACAAGAUUGGGAUUGGCUCCACUUUAGUCCGAGGAGAAUACAACAGAGCUUGGAAUGAAGUUAAAUUAAUUGAUGAAACAAAUCGAGGCGUAACUGGACUGUUACCUCCUCCUGAAAAAUUUAUUGUUGACCUAAUGUAUGAACCUGGUAGUCUGAUGAAGAUAAGAAGUAGAGAGGCAGAGCACUAUAGAUUUCUUUAA